GCGAGCGGAACACGGGGAUGGCAAAGCACAAUGUCCGGGAAGAGGCAGGGUGGAUGACCCGACAGGUUCAAGAGCGCGAUGACGCUCCGAGGGCAGCGGUCACAGGUCACACCGUGAGCAGGCUCUAGGGGGUCUCGAACCCGGGGAGGUGCCGAUCGUUUGGACGGUCCUCUUAGUGGCAGCUGCUUCGGAAAGACCGAGGUGGUCCCGUGCCGGUCACAGGUGGGCGUCGCGGGCCGAGGUCACUAGGUUUUUAGGGGCCUGGUGCCGGCCGAGCGGCACCCCCUCACUCGCGCUGCCCUCUUGAGCAGAGGGGUCUCGGGCAUCAUGGAGGAGUCCGCGGAGCAGCAGGAAUCGGCCGGCAGCCCCCGAGGCGGCGUCUCCCACCCGGGGGCCCCGCAGUGCAGCCGCUGCCUCAUCAACUUCGCGGAUUCCAAGUUCCAGGAGCGGCACAUGAAGCGGGAGCACCCGGCCGACUUCGUGGCCCAGAAGCUGCGGGGGGCGCUCUUCGUCUGCUUCACCUGCGACCGCUCCUUCCUGUCCUCCAAGGCCCUGAUGGCCCACCAGCGCGGCCACACCCCGGCCGGCCCAGCCGGCCUCGCGGCUCAGCCCCCUUUCCCGUGUCCUGACUGCGGCAAGGCCUUCGGGCAGGCGGCUUCUCUGCGGCGCCACCGGCAGGUGCACGAGGCCCCCGCGCCCGGCGGCACCUUCACCUGCACCGAGUGCGGCCAGGGCUUUGCGCAGGAGGCCGGGCUGCACCGGCACUACAUCAGGCACGCUCGGGGGGAACUCUGAGGGGCUGCAGGCCCAGCAGGAGGAUUGCUGCCCCUCCCCAAGGCGGGAGGGAGAGGGGACAAGAGCUCCUGAUGGACAGGGCCCAGAAGAUUCUCUUCCAGAGCCCUGGAGGACACGGGAAAAGUGUGCAACCAGACUGUCCAUCGAGUGAGCUUUUCUGGGAGUGAAAUAGAGUUUAUUUUUAUCUCCCUCAUUCCCAAUUAAACAGCUAGCUGCAGA